GGCAAUAUUCACGGGUUGCGGCAACAGAACCGGUCUUAGCGCGAUUCUCUUGUAACGACUUGUGAUUUCCCUCCAGCAUGAACCGACCACACUCGACGUCAACUCCUCGCUCACCACCAACAUCGACGCUCUUUCUGUCCCAAUUUCUUGCCAGGCCUCGUCCGGCCGCUCAUAAAUGCUAUUCCACAAAUGUAGUGAACGCGCCCGACUGCCGUUCACGAAAGCUCGAACUGCUUGAACUCCGACCCCGCAACCCUCGCAACUCCCUGCGCUUCACUCUCCGUACUGUCUUUUGAGGCGACCAUGCCGACCUCUACUUCAUGGCGUCGUUCCGAAGACCCGUCAAGACCUCGAGGCACCAGUCCGGAACGGCCUCUCGUCGAGUUCAUCGAACGGCUCUCCCCUGACCCAACCUUCGAACCCUCGAACCUCCCCGAACCGUCCAAUCUACCGCAACCCUUACACGACAGUGGCGCCUCACUAAGAGGGCUCGGGCUAUCUGAUGCAGGAAUAUCGGACGGGCCGGGCCUGAGCCUGCAACCAGACCAUCUUUACUAUGACCGGGACGGCGCUGCUCAUGUUGGUGCCAGAAUUGUUAGUGGCGCGGGUGCGCAGUCAGGGCGGCCGGUACAAGACUUACACGAAUGGGCCCAGAAAAGUUACAAGUUCCCUUCAGAUACUCGGAGAUCUCGAACAAAAGGCCAUACGCGUUCUGGCUCCACCAUCGAUGAUCUUGCAACCGCCGCGAUUGCAACAAGUCCUCCGACAGUCUUUGCUGGCUCCUAUUCUCUCUCCCGAGCAAGCCCAUCCGCUGCGACCCGACCUUCCACGUCUUAUGUCCUUCGUUACAAUUAUGAUGACUUUACAAGCGGCCCACCAGCGAAGAGGAUAAAAUCUGAACGACUUCCGAACCUUGAAUGGACGACGCAGGGGGAGAGACCGAGAACAAGUGGUCAUGAGACGACGCCAGACAUCACCCACGAGGACGCUCUACUUCUGCUUGGGUUGAAGACCGAGGUCAAUUUCAAGACUAAGACGCCGUCCCUACAACCUGCGAGUCUACAUCAGCCUGACCAUUCGCCGUCUUCCGCUCGACGGUCCUCAGGAGCUUGGAACAAGGAUGGACGUCCUGCAGAACAGCUAUAUACCAUCGUGGACAGAGAGCUGUCGAAGCAAUCUCCGCCACAGAAGAGUCUGAAACAACCUACGACGGCGGUUCAGGUGGUUUCCUACCAUGACGCCGGAACAGCAGAAGUGGAUGCCUCGAGCAUACAAGGGGCAGCUGCAUCAACUCAGGAGCCGACAGCAUCAGUACAUCUGGGCGGCCAGUCCCGAGCCGACGGACAGCCAGAACAUGGUCCUGAGCCUGCAGAGUCGGCUGCCCGACGAGUCAAAAAGUCUAAGCGCGUUGAGGCCGAGGUCAAGCAAGAAGAGAUAUGUGCAGGAUGCCACCAACUCCAAUUGGACUCAGAUGAGGAAGACCUUGCAAUCGACUGGAUUCGUUGUGAUCCCUGCAAGCGGUGGUUUCAUGACAAGUGUGCAGGUCUCACAAAAGCCGAGGCAAAGAGCAUUGACAAAUUCAUCUGCAAGGAGUGCGAGUCCACGCACGGGAAGACAACCUAUGUUCGGAAGUCUUCCCGUCCACGGGCUGCUAUCGAUUAUGCGGGUCUCAAUGAGGGUGUUGUGAAGUCCUCUGCAGAGACGAGUACACAUCACUACAUCCAACCGAUCAAAGAAGGGAAGAUUCCUCUUCUCCCCGACGACUAUCCUCGCGUCAGACCGGAAUUGCUCACCGUGGAGUUUAUGGAGAGUUUUGAUGGCAUGAAGCGACCUUUUGUGGUUCCAGCCUGUUGGAAUCCGCGGUUUGGGGUCAAACCUACCUCCGAUGAGACUGCUGCAGGUGUGCCGGCGGACGAAGAUGCAUCUCCAGUGGCUAUCGACAGCAAUGGAGAGUUGGUGACCUCGAAAUCAUCAGAUACACUCGAUCUCCUCGCGGACGAGAUUGUCGACUGUGAUCAAGAUCUGCUCGAUAUGGUCAUCCCCAGAGACCUGACAGUGCGCAAGGUCGCCGAACUGUAUGGACCGAACGAGCCAGUGCCCGUUAUCGAUGUCAAAACCCAGGAAACGAAAGGUCAAUGGACUCUUGGUAAAUGGGCGGAUUAUUACGAGAAGCCGGGCGAAAAGGAGAUUCAAAAUGUCAUCAGUCUGGAAGUCUCGCACAGUCCCCUGGGUAAACUGCUCCGACGUCCCAGAGUAGUCCGAGAGCUUGACCUUGAGGACUAUGUUUGGGAGGCUGAUACUGAGACGCGGGCCAAGAAACGACCAGUGCAAUUCUAUUGCUUAAUGUCCGUGGCCGACAGCUACACCGACUUCCACAUUGACUUUGGAGGUUCUUCUGUCUACUAUCACAUUCUCAAAGGUACCAAGACAUUUUUCUUCAUUCCCCCGGAGGACAAGUACCUUAAGAAAUAUGAAGAGUGGUGCAACUCCGAUUCACAGAACGAGACCUGGCUUGGGGAACUAUGUGGCAACAAUGUCACAAGAGUCGAUCUGCACGAGGGAGACACUGCCUUCAUUCCGGCAGGCUGGAUCCACUCGGUCUGGACUCCAGAGGACAGUCUGGUGAUUGGCGGCAACUUCCUCACCCGCAUCGACUACGAAUUGCAGCUCAAGAUCUUCAACGUUGAGAAAGCAACCAAGGUGGCUGCCAAGUUUCGCUAUCCAUACUUUCAAAAGGUCAUGUGGUAUGCCUUGAUGAGGUACCUCGAGCAAGAUCCGCUUCCGGACGAGGUGGUCCAGGACUUUCGUGACGACCCCGACUAUGUCUUCUUGCGUGCGAACCCUGUCUGGCACGAAAUCGGGUACCUGGAAAACAUGGCAGAGCCUAGAGAGCCGGCAUACAAUGCCAGACAUUACCCGAAAGCCGAAGUCUCUGGAUGGCCUUCUCUCAGAGAAUACCUUUACCGAACGGCUCGCAUUCAUGCUGGCCUGCCGGUUCCUGACAUCACCAAGAAACAGAUUGACGCGGUCAAGAAUUCUAUACCGAAGGAGAUCAAUGACCCUAUGCUAAUGAUCAAGCUUUUUGCUAUAUGGUGUGCUUGGAAGACUGGCAAUGUUACAGCACCGGAAUGGGUUUACUCAGAUGGUGUCAUAGAAGUCGAAAAGACCGAGAAGAGCAAGAAAAAUGAAGUCUUCCGCCUUCCUGGCGAGCGCACUUCGCUACGAAAAGCUGCACAAGCUCACGUACAAGCACAGACGCCUCCUCCUGCAGUCAGUGUCUUGAAACCUACGACAAAAGAUAGCAGAUCUGGCAGUGGCAGCAACAGCAAGGGGAACGGGAAAAUGGCCUGCGAGACUUGUCGCAAGCGACGCAUCAAAUGUCGGCAUAAAUCAGGCAGUGAAACCCCAACAAGACCUGCACCUGAGAUUCGACCUCGUAGUUUCUCGAAUACCGGACCACAACCGAGUGCAGUCCUGCUGAAUGGGUCCAAUCCAGAACCCGUCCCAGCAUCCGAAGAUACAAGUGCCGCGCCUCAGGUGAGCGCUUCAGACAGUGCGCUCUCGAAUGAUCCACUAUCUUCCUCUAAAAAAGGAAGAACCAAGGCUUGUGAGGAAUGUCGCAAGAGCAAGCGUCGCUGUGUGCAUGAUGAAUAUGGCCGUGUGGAUCCUGCAAAGGCUGCGGAGCCAUCAAAACCACGGGGAUCGACCAGUUCGAAACGCCCGGCUCGGCUUAGCGAUGAAAAUGCACCUAUCAAGCGAGCCAGAACGGACUGGGCUUCUCUGGACGACCUCAUUGAUCCCGCUCUCAUGAAUGGCGAUUCUUUUGAGGCUGUUCUGGAUGCAGUCGAAGAUGAUUUCCACACACCAGCACCAUUUGCAGACGAAUUUGUUGUUGACGGAGUUGACGGCAGCGAUGACAUCGAGGAGGAGGCAAAUGAUGACCCGAUAGAAGGUGAAGCUGUCGACACUAUUAUUGUUGAUCCAGCAUCAGGCGCAAUCGCAGCGCAAGCAGUGGAAGUUGUCAACAUCAAGAGUGAACUCGAUCACGGAGAAUAUUUGCCCCUCAAAGAUGGCAAUGCUACUGAUUCCACCACUCCAAGAAACGACAGUGCAUUCGCUACGCCUGGUCCAAUCAAGAAUGGAUUUUCAGUCAACGGGGACCACUCAGGAUCAGCAGAUUCGGCACCCGGAUCCAGACAAUCCUCACGACAGCCGAAGCAAGUCGAGAUGUACACAGCCGACGACACCAGAUCACCUAGUAAACCAUACCCGAAGCCCGCCAGAAGUGACCGUCGAGCUUCGAGUGCUGCAAGUGCGCAAACGAUGGUGACGAGCAUCAAAAGUCAGCGUUCAUCAAGCAACACUUCUUCGACAAUACACCAGAUGGCGUUAAUGAUGACGAGACGUAGUGCGUCUCGAGAAGCUUCGCGCAGGCCGGUCAGUCGAGACAGUACUGGGGGGUCAAGCGAUCUGGAUGCAGACGAGCGGCUAGCGAGAGAACUGCAAGCAGCCGAAAAUGGACUGAGACGACGCACUAGUAUGAGAGCAUAGAAUAACUCGAGCCUUGAUGGCAACGAGGUUGUAUGAUGAUGUUAUGACAGGAAAGAUGGGCGUUGAUGGGAUCAUUCUCGGAUUGCGGGUCGGUAAAGAGCGACCAGACUCUGCAUAUAAUGCAUGGCGCUCAUCGUUGGGUUUUCAUGGGCCUCGAAGAACGAUUUUGAUUUUCUCAUCCUAAUACCCUCAUAGCUAAGCUGAUGCUUUUGUCGAUGUUGAUUUCUGUAUGGCUAUAAUGCC